AUGGUGAGUGACCCGGAGCUGAUCAGAGAUAUGAAUAUAAAGGACUUUCACGUAUUUGUGAACCGACAUGGAUACUCAUUCAAUGAUCCCUUGAAUGACAGGUCAUUGACUAACUUAAUGGGAGACGAGUGGAAGACUAUGCGAUCGAUUAUAAGUCCGACGUUUUCGAGCGGAAAGAUGCGGUCAAUGCAUCCCAUUAUCAUUGAUUGUGUCCACAGAUUAGACAACUAUUUGGAGACCAAAGCCAUGGCUGGAGGAGACGUGGAGAUGAAGAAAACGAUGGGAAGCCUAACGAUGGAUGUGAUCGCUUCGUGUGCUUUCGGCACCAAAAUAGACACAUAUAAUGACCACAAGACCAGUGAAUUCAUAGUAAACGCUAAACAAGUGUUUUGCGGAGGGGUUUGGAGAUUAUGGGUGUUCAUGGCUUUAGUGAAAAUAUCUCCGAAACUCUUUGAAUGGACGGGAUUUCAAAUUAUUGAUCCAUCGGUUCAGAAGUUUUUCAAUACAGCCAUCACAUCCAUUGUCUCGAGACGUAAGUCAGAGAAAGUGCGACAAAGAGAUUAUCUUCAACUCAUGAUUGACGCCCAGAACCGCAAGAAUAAAGAUACUGAUGACCAGGAUGUCGACGACUUGGAUGAAAAUAUUUAUGGCAAAUGGCAAAACUAUGGCAAAAUAGAAACCACAGAAACAUCAGAUAUUAAUAAUUCAAACAAAUCAGAGAGCACUGGUAUGUCUGAUGCAGACAUUAUAGCCAAUAGUUUCCUAUUUCUUAUGGCCGCCUACGAAACAUCGGGUGCUUUGCUUUCAUUUUUAUUUUACAAUCUGGCGCUCAAUGAGAAGUGUCAGCAAAAAUUGUAUGAAGAAGUGAAUGGUUUGGACGGAAUGUAUGAUUACGAGAGUGUCUCCAAAAUGCCGUAUUUGGAGGCAUGUAUUGCUGAAACACUUCGACUCCAACCUCCACUUCCGGCCACUCAUAGGCACGCGUCUCAAGAAUAUACUCUCGAUUGUAAUUGGCUUACAAUCCCCAAGGGGAUGAUGGUCAUUUUUGAUAUCUAUGCCCUCCAUCACAAUCCUGAGUACUACCCGAACCCAGAGGUCUGGGAUCCCGAGAGGUUUAUGCCGGAGAAUAGGGACCAAUUGACUCCAUACACGUAUAUGCCGUUCGGGACGGGACCCCGAAAUUGUGUGGGAAUGAGGAAAGCCAUCGGUUCCUGA